AUGAAAUCCUGCCAGAGCCUCAAGGAGGAGGUUUCCAUCCCAAGCCUCGGCGGGAUGUCACAGGAGGAGGCGCGCAGAGCACCGGUGUCCCAGUCCUAUUUUCACGCUCCUAACCCAGACUUGGACCUGACGGGGAAGGUGCACAGGAGGGAGGUGGGCGGCAAGCCUUAUUCUGUGUUGGUAGACAACAAGAUGUCGGCCAAGACGUCCGCGAAAGAUCAGAACAUGAGUCAGGCGGCGCCUCAGCAUGUGUCGCCGCAGCAGCAUCAGCAGUACUUCAGAGAGGCAGCACAGGAAGCGGGGUCGCAGGAGUCCGAAGCGGGAAACCAGGGAUCCUCCGAUGACACGGAGGUGGAUGAAGACGAGGAGGAGGAGGAGGAAGAGGAGGAGGGCGAAGAGGGCUACAAACGUGAGCAGAUCAUUGUCGAGGUCAAUCUGAACAACCAGACUCUUCACGUGUCCAAGGGGGACAACAAAACCGGAAACGCGGCAGACGACUCGGAAAGAGGGGGAAGCGACGAUGACGACGACGAAGAAGAUGAGGAAGAAGAAGACGACGAAGACGAGGAGAGCCACGACGAGGAAGAGGAGGAAGACGAAGAGGAACACCAGGUGGCGAGUCAAAGAACGCGGUCGAGAAGAACCAGACAGAGUGCUUCAGCCGCCAGCCAGCCCAAGAGGAAGAGCCUCCGGAGGGCCCUGAGCACCGCCACCGCGGGGAUGACCACCAGGGGGCGCAGGAAGCGAAUGGAGCCUCCAAAGAGCAAGCGCAGGUCUGCUGCCUCCACAGCAGGAACGGAGACGAUGGGGGGGAAGGCGGAGAUGGAGGUGGAGAAGGAGAUGCUGGCGUGCGAGAAGUGUCCGCGGGUGUUCAACACCCGCUGGUACCUGGAGAAGCACAUGAACGUCACACACAGGCGGAUGCAGAUCUGCGACAAGUGCGGCAAGAAGUUUGUGCUGGAGAGCGAGCUGGCGCUGCAUCAGCAGACUGACUGCGAGAAGAACAUCCAGUGCGUCUCCUGCAACAAGUCUUUUAAAAAGCUGUGGUCGCUGCAUGAGCACAUCAAGAUUGUUCAUGGCUACGCCGAGAAGAAGUUCUCGUGUGAAAUCUGUGAGAAGAAGUUCUACACAAUGGCUCAUGUCCGGAAGCACAUGGUCGCUCACACUAAAGACAUGCCUUUCACCUGUGAGACAUGUGGGAAGUCAUUUAAACGCAGCAUGUCUUUAAAAGUUCACUCGCUCCAGCACUCUGGGGAGAAGCCUUUCCGCUGUGAGCACUGCGACGAGCGGUUCCAGUACAAGUACCAGCUGCGCUCCCAUAUGAGCAUUCACAUCGGACACAAGCAGUUCAUGUGCCAGUGGUGUGGCAAAGACUUCAACAUGAAACAGUACUUUGACGAGCACAUGAAAACACACACAGGAGAGAAGCCUUUUAUCUGCGAGAUCUGCGGGAAGAGCUUCACCAGCCGGCCCAACAUGAAGCGCCACCGCCGCACCCACACGGGCGAGAAGCCGUACCCCUGCGAGGUCUGCGGCCAGCGUUUCCGCUUCUCCAACAUGCUCAAAGCUCAUAAGGAGAAGUGCUUCCGGGUCACCAGCCCCGUGGUUCUGCAGACCAGCGGCUCCACCGUGCCCGUCCGCCUCUUUACCAACGCCUUCUCCCCCCCGGCCCCCUCCGCGUCUUCCCCCGCCACGGUCCCCGGGCCCUCGGCCGGAACGCCGGCCGCCGCCUCAGCGUCUCUGGGCCUCGGCCCCGCCGGAGGGCCCGUUCCGCAGCAGAACCCUGUCGGACACGCGUUCUCCCAUGUGCAGCUCCAUUCGGCUCCCGCCCAUCACCAUUCCCACCCUCCGGCUGCGCAACAGCAUCUCUCCAACGCCCCCCAGCAGGCCCCUCCUCACAGCCACCACCACCUGGUGGUGACCCCCGUCACUCACCUUCCCCCUCCUCCGGCUCUUUUCAAGAGCGAGCCUCUUAACCACUGCGGGCAAGAGGACAGCGGCUACCUGCACCCCUUGGCGCCCCUGGACAAAGGCCCCGGUGCGCCGCAGCAUCACUGAACCGCGCGCUGUUGUUCGCCAGACUGCGCCCCGUUUGUCUCCUUAGAGCUCGGCCUCAGUUUCUCGGUUGCCGGAACCUGAAGCCACGUCUGCAGAAAAGGGCUUAGCGUGAACUGAGUGGGAGCAAACGUGUUCCGUCAGACAAUGGAGGUUUCACGUGUGGACGUGUUUCGCUUCUGUCGAGCAAACAGAACUCAAUCUGAACUCAAAACGGCGAACGGCAACGCUUCAAACUGUGCCCUCCGUGCACACGACAAGUGAGACAUCACUUUAAAAAACUGCUCGCCUGGCAAAGGUUUUACUAUAACUAGAAAUUGUUCUCAGAUUUUUUGUCCUUCAGAAAACGAUUCUGUGUGAACGUCUCGCUCCACGUUGAUGGGUGAAAACUCGUUUUCACCAAAAAGCUGCUGAUGGAACCCAAAAUCCAUAGAACCUGGACUCCAUGGAUCCUCAAAGAUCUCUCUCUCUCUCUCUCUCUCUGAACUUUCCUCUUCUUUCUUUUCUCUUUGUUGUUAAUUUGACUCAAGGUCACACGUCGGUCAGGACACGAGCUUUCUGUGCAGCUCAUCCCCAUAGCAAUAUUCUACGUAUCCCCCAAAGCUGUAGAGCAGAAACCUCAUAGGCAAACAGGAAUGUUUAAUGAAUGUUGAAACUGGUUCUACCUGAGCCUUCUCUCCUGUGUAGACGCCAACCUUAAAGGGAUAGCUUGGGUCUGUGAAGUUAUUAGUGGUAAGUCCUUUACCUGUAGUAGAAACAUGUCGCGUUGCUGAGCUUGUAAAAAAUGUAACGACGUCCUCGGAAAUGGUGGAAGGCCAACGGCUAAUGAGGCAGACGUGAUAAAGUUGAUUUCAAAACCGACCGUAGGAGUUUGUUGCGGUUUUCUCCACUGGAAGCAGAAUUACGUUAGCUGUACGAGUCCGUCUGCGUCCAAAUUCAGCAGCUGCAGCCUCCGAAGGGCCGGAGGCGAGCGGCUCAGAAAUCGGACCGGCCAGCCUUCACCAGCUGACCUUACCUCAGCUACCGUGACGGCGAACAAACGGAGCCCAAACUUCUGCUCCCUUUUUGUUUGUUUGUUUACUCCUGCAGGAACUGCAGCAGCUGCUGCGUCGGAAGAUGAGCGAGUUAUUCGUUUCCUAAUAUAACCCCUGUGCUCGCCGGCAAGACAUUAAAUAAAAUGAUCUCAUUUUGAAGGUCAGCUUUAAUCUCAGCCAAACCAGUUUGCUCGGCAAGGAACGCAACGCUGAAACAAGCCGAACGGGCGUCCUCAGCUGGCGAGGCGGCGAUUCGCGCAGCGGGAACGGACGUCCACGAAAACGUCAAGUCUCUUCUCGCACUCAGGUCUUUCCCUCUCAGGUGUGGGUCUGAAGGAGAGCUGAGCCUCGGCUGAACGGGUCGCAUUGGACAUAAGGGUGGACACGUUCCACCGUGAACGUCAGUGCGAAACGUUGACACCGAGAUUAAUGUAAAACUGCAGAUUCGUCCACCUUUUACACGCCGCCGACUGGGUCCAGACCGACUGCAAAUAUAGAUUUGUGUAAGACCGAUGCAUCGAGCCCACCGUUGGCUUUCCACCACCGCUCUAAGGAUUUCUUUGCUAUUCUACAAGCUCACAUUGACAUGGCAUCUGUCCGUUAUGGCCAGGGGAACUAUUACUGACAUGAGCAGUUCAACACGUUUCCCCUUCGUCAGUCAGAGGGCAAACCGCAGCAGAGCGAAAUGCAGUGCCAUAGGAUGCAGUGGGAGGGGAGAGACGAGUUGUUUUCUUAACUACUUUGUAAAUUAAGCUGAAUCCGGACAAAGUCUCGGGUUCACACCACA